CGUGCGUCGAACCCAGGUCAUUGACGACGAAUCGGAUUACUUUGCCACCGACACCAACCAGUGGCUGUCUAAGCAGGAAAGGGAAACUCUCCAGAAGAGAGAGCAGGAAUUGCGGGAGCUACGUCAUGCCUCUCGGCUUACCAAAAAAAUCACCAUCGACUUUGCCGGCAGGCAGAUCCUGGAGGAAGACAACAACAUGGCUGAAUACCACAGCAAACUGGAUGAAACCAUCGACGCCAUUCACUGUGGCACGCUCAGCAAGCCAGCUGGGAGCCCAGAAGCAAAGAUGACUCUGAAUUCUGGUGUUUUAGUGAAUCCUCGUCUUCUUCAGCCUCCUCCUUUGUGGGUGGACCAAACAGGUUUGCUCCCACACAGGAAAGCUGUCCAUGCCACGGAUGCUGGAAAUGAGCCUGGCUUGGAGCGGAACAGGUUGCGAAUUCAGGAUCGAGAGUUGCAGGAGAUAUCAGAUGAUGGUUGGUGUCUCAGCAUGCACCAGCCUUGGGCUUCCUUGCUCAUAAGAGGAAUCAAAAGGGUGGAGGGCAGGACCUGGUACACAUCUCAUAGAGGGCGGUUAUGGAUUGCAGCUACUGCUAAAAGACCUUCCCCUCAGGAAAUCUCUGAGCUAGAGGCCACCUACAGAAUGCUGCUCCGGAAAGAUGUGGAAUUUCCAAGCGAUUAUCCCUCAGGGUGCCUCCUAGGCUGUGUAGAUGUGACUGACUGUUUAUCGCAAGAGCAAUUUAAUGAGCAGUAUCCAGAUCUGAGCCAGGAGUCUGGGUCUCCAUUUGUCUUUAUCUGCACUAAUCCCCAGGAGAUGGUUGUGAAGUUUCCCAUCAAAGGAAAACCCAAAAUCUGGAAGCUGGAUGUAAAGAUCCAUCAAGGAGCAAAGAAGGGGUUAAUGAAGCAGAAAGCGAUGGGGUGAGUUGCGGGGGAGCAGCG